ACUCCGACAUCUCCAAGAAUUCAAAGAAACUUCGAAGGCUCAGCUUAUAAUUUUUCUUUCUAUACAUGAUAAAGCAUUUGAAUAGGAACAAUAAUAAAUAUCUUUUCUUAUAAUCGCGAAAAUGGUAUAGAAUUGAUUGAAAGGUAAAAUUUUGAAAAGAUAAUUAUACCGAUAAAAAAAAAAAAAAAAGAAGAAGUAUUGUCUUGAGAUCAAUCUUUAUUAAGGAAAAAGAAAAAGAAAAAGAAAAAGAAAAAAAAGGAAAGCCUCAUUUUACACAGAUAUUCCCAUUUAAAUGUUUAAAUCUCUGUCUAAUGAAAAAAGUUUGACGAAGUUAGAUGAUUCAAUUUGUAAUAGUGAUCGUAAAGAGAAAAACUUGCAUAACUUAUAGCCGUUGUAUCAUUCGCAUUUUUCACAAGAAAAUCGAUUUUUAUCGAAAAAAAAAAAAAAAAUCGAUAUGUCUAAAAUAAGAUCUCCACGUGUUGUCUACGAUCGACCAAUUAGCUCGGAUCACAACCACGAGAGUAAUAGCGCGCUCUGUAAUGAUUCGAAUGGUCAUAGUCGUCAACGUGUAUGUUAUCUGAUGAGAUGUCAGCACUAGUGCAUUUCAUUCAAAGCGUCCUUUGAAUGACGUACCGCUUAUCAUUCGAUUUGAUGGGGCAAUAGUAGUAGGAGAGCAUUACCAUUGACACAAACGAGAACGAGCUCAGUAAUCCCGCGAUUAUCAGUGCAAACUGGAACGCUCUUGGGGCCUCGGGAUCUUUUUUCUCUCUCUCUCUUUCUCUCUAUCUUCGUCUGUCUUUUUUAUAACUAAACCGGCAGAGCACUAAACACAAGAGAAAGAGAGAGAAAGAGAGGGAGAGAGAGAGAGAGAGAGAGAGAGAGAGAGACAGAGAGACAGGCAGACAAACAGGUAGACAGACAAACAGACAGAGAAAGAGAAAGGGGGAGGAAGGGAGGAAGGCAAAGUAAAAUUUAACGUGCACGAAGGAAAAGACUCGUGGAUCGCGAUCUAAGGAAACUCGCGACCCUGGAAGUCCUUUCCUUUUCGGAGAGUCCAUGCAGAAGCCAGUAAUUUAAGGUCAAGCGACGUUAAAGGGAUGAGCAACGGUUGCGGAAUAUUCGGGAUUUAUCCCAAAUGGCUACGAGAUCGAGCUACUCCUAAGAAUUUCAUAGCUGUCUACGGUCUCUUGGGUACCGUGCAAGCUAUGGCUUUCAUUUAUAUCGUCGUCACUCUCACGACCUUGGAAAAGAGGUUUAAGAUACCCAGUCGUACGACAGGUUUGAUAUUAUCAGGAAAUGAGAUUUCACAAAUUCUCUCGCUGAUUUUGACAUAUUAUGGUGGUUCUGGUCACCGUCCAAGAUGGAUCGCAGUGGGUGUUGGUUUAAGUGCCUUAUCCUGCCUGGUUCUCGCACUUCCACACUUCAUAUUUGGUCCUGGAAGAGACGCGAUGGCUUUGACGAAGGAAUACCUGGAUCAGACGUUAUUGAAUGCAACAACAGUGCCAAGAGACAUUGCAAUUUGUCCACGAACAAACGAGCCGGAACAUUGCGAUGACGAAGCUCUUUUAGAUGUUAGUCUUCUUCCCCGUUUACUUGUCUUUCUCUCUCAAUUCAUCCUUGGAAUUGGCACUACUCUUUAUUAUGGACUUGGUCAAACGUAUUUGGACGAUAACACGAAGAAAAAAAAUACUCCUAUGCUGUUAGGUUUCACGUUCGCCCUUCGUACGGUGGGACCAGCGAUUGGUUUUCUACUGGGAUACGGUUGCUUGAGCCUUUACAUCGAUCCAACCCUUCAUCCCGUUAUAACGAAGAAGGAUCCACGGUGGUUGGGUGCUUGGUGGUUGGGAUGGAUCAUUUUAGGCGUUACCAUGGGAAUGUUCGCCAUACUGAUCGCCAUGUUUCCACGAGAUCUUCCAAGGCCACGUAAUACGUUGAAAAACAACGGUGAGUUACCAUUGAAAUUGGAACUGGCCCUUCAAGAAAAAUCGACGAGAUCGUCGUUGUCGAUAAGAUCGACGAACUCGUUGAAGCAAGAACACGUGCCGACCAUGCGAGAAUUUCCAGCUGCCAUGAAACGACUAUUAACAAACUGGUUGCUCACUUGUAACAAUCUCAGUGGCGUAUUUUACGUUCUCGGUGCAUCCGCCUAUAUCACGUUCUUAGCAAAAUAUCUCGAAGUGCAGUAUAAUACCUCAGCCGCUGGCGGCACGGUUAUUGCCGGCCCAAUAUCUUUGGUGGGCAUGGUAUUAGGAUUUUUAUUAUCAGGAUUGGUGAUAAGUAAAUUCAAGCCAGGUCCUAGACCAUUGCUAGCUUGGAACGUUCUCGUUGGUGUUUGCUUCGUCGCAGGACAAAUUUCUUUUAUUUUUCUCGGAUGUUCCGAUGUAGGAAUCGAAGGAGUCGAUCUUAAGACUAUGCAAAUGAAUUUAACGUCCAAUUGCAACGCUGCGUGCAAUUGCGAAUACGUUAAAUAUGCACCGGUUUGUCACGAGCCCUCGAAAACGACCUUCUUCUCAGCCUGUCACGCAGGAUGCCGUACGAUAGUAGACGACAAGGAAUUUGGUAACUGCAGUUGCGUACCGUCGAUAAAGCUUAGUUGUGUGAAUGAUCGAUUGGACGAGAACAAAGAUGAAGAAGGUUACUUUGAAAACAAACUCCAGGCACUUGAUGUCCGAUUAUCCACUAACUUGGACAAGGUCCGAGCUGGUCCAUGUCCAUCCAGUUGCAAUGGACCAUAUUUACUCUUCAUGGUGCUCACUUGCAUCAUACAAACUCUUGCCUGUUCCGGGAAGAUUGGGAAUGUUCUCGUUAACUAUAGAAGCGUUGAGAAGAAGGACAAAAGUUUUGCUCAAGGUGUCACACUUAUGAUAAUAUCAUUGUUCGCACUGAUACCAGGACCAAUAAUUUACGGUGCGAUCAUUGAUUCAACCUGUCUGAUCUGGGAAGAAUCCUGCGGGACAAGAGGCAACUGUUGGUUCCAUCAUAGAGAAAAUUUUCGAUAUCUCGUUAAUAUCACGUCGGCUGGAUUUUCUAUAAUAGGAGUACUCUUUGACGUAGCCGUGUGUUAUCUUGGAAAGGAUUUAGAUCUUUAUGGGACACUUGAGAAAGACAGACGUCGGGAAUUCAUCAAAGAGGACAAUUGCGAGAACAUCACAGGUGUUAACAAGAGAAAGGUUGUUAAUGGAAAUGCGAAUCAAAGGAUAGAACACACGCAUCUGUAACGUUUCUCGAAUUUUUAUACUCGAUGAAAUGAAUUUAAGAAAAAGAAAAUAAAAAGAUGAGGAAGAGAGAGAGAGAGAGAGAGAGAGAGAGAGAGAGAUAGGGGGGGAGAAAGAAAAUGAUACGAGGAGUGUUCAAACGAUAGUUUUGAAGUUUUAAUCAUAGAAAAUUGUGAUUUUAUGAGAUUUGCUAGGUACCUGAGAAUUGCCGGGAAGAUAUCUAAUAACAUUUAACGAACGUUGACCGUUCGAGUUAUCACGGUGGAAAAAAAAAACGAUAUUUUAUAUUAUAUACUAUAUAUAUAUAUCGUAUGCACGUAUAUGUAUAUAUAUAAUAUUAUUUUAUUACGAUCGAGAAAGAUAUUUGGGUUAUUGACAAGACGUAACUCAAACGUAUAUAAGAUACGAAUAUUAAGAUGAUAAUAAUAAUUAUUGCAAGAAAAGAAAUGAAAAGAUAGGAGAAGAAAAAAAGAACGAACAAAGAAGGUUUCGUUUGGAUCGAGUAAUCGAAAUAAAAAAAUGUUUCCAAUGAUAGAUCGUUUUGUUAUCGUUAAUUGACACAUACAUACGUACGACACAUAUAUACAUAUACAUACACACACACACACACACACACACACACACACACACACACACGAUACAUAUACAUUUCAGGUAUAUUAAUGAAAUAUUCGCAGUAAGAUUUUUUCGCCGUAUUGUAAAUAAAGUACGAGAUUUUUGUUUUCUUUAAUUUAAAAAAAAAACAAAAAAAAAAAAAACAAAAAAAAACAAAAAAAAAAGAAAAGAAAAAGAGAGAGAAAGAAAAAAAAAAAGAAGAAAGAGAAAGAUAAAAGGACAUCGAAGUUCCUCCUGUUCCCGUCAUUAUCGUCACGGUACCAAACGCUUUCAGAUAUCUUUAGCUCGUUUGCUUCGGAAAUAAAAUACAAACGCCAUCGUCAAAUCGUUUACGAGUUUGUUGCUAUCGAUCGAUUGAUCGAUCGUAUUAUCGCGGUAGGUUCUUACUACGAUCGGCGACUCGAUGUCAUCUUUUUAUUAGCUUAACUCGCCGACCAUCCUCCCAUGGUAAUUUCGCAUAAAUCGAUAAAUUCCCCCGACGACUUUCCUAAUAUUUUCAUUUUAUCUUGUUUUUCUGCUUUUUCUUUUUCUUUUUUCCUCCUCUUCUUCUUUCUCCUUAAACAAACCUAUGCGUUGCAUUUUUUGUAAAGAUCAUUACGUUAUUUCGAAUAAUACAUCGAUCGAUAACGAAAUAAAGCAAAGAGAUUUUGUGCUAAUGUUAAA